AUGAUAAGUGAGGCAAGAAUAUUUGAAAAAGUUGAUAAACCAAGAGUCGGUAGAGAGAAUCAAUUGUAUUCGUCAGUGACUGGUGCUAGAAUUGUUGCUGGAUGUGUCUGUCUUAGUAAAGAUAAAAGGCAAGUAUUAAUGGUAUCAUCAUCAGCGCAUAAGAAGAAAUGGAUUUUACCUAAAGGUGGUGUAGAAACUGAUGAGAUUGAUGAUUUUUCCUUGACAGCUCAAAGAGAAACUUGGGAGGAAGCUGGUUGUCUUGGUAAAAUUGUAGGUUCAUUGGGUAUUGUGGAAGAUAUGAGACCACCGAAGGAAUGGAAUUUAAAAUUUAAAGAUGAACGAAAGAGAAACGAUGAUAUUAUUUUACAUCCACCAAGAAGUGAAUUCCAUUUCUAUGAAUUAGAAAUUGAAUCUAUGCCUGACAUAUACCCUGAAUCAGAGAAGAGAAAGAGAAAAUUCUUCCCAUAUAAAGAUGCUGUGGAACAGUUAGAGAUAGCAAAACGACCAGAAUUAUUAGAGGCCUUGAAUAGGUCUUCCAUAAUGAAGGGUUGA